AAGCCAUUUUUAAGCCAGAAACUCAUUUGCCACAGCACAAACCCAUUGCCAGCUGCCAAGCCAUAGGAAUAAGAUUAUUAAUUUGGAGAAGAACCUUUCCUAUUAUAUUUAGUCAAAAUGAAAUUUUCUUCAUUAUCAAUAGCAAUUUUUGUAGCCCUAUUAUGCUCAGUCAUUCAUUCGCUACCAGUUAAAGAAAAGCAACCAGAAUUAACAGAGGAACAACAAAAAGAAGCCUUAAAAGAUGAACCACCUGUACUUCAAGACUGGGAGCUAAGCUUGGAGUAUGGAAGGUACUUGAAGGAGGUUAUUCAAGCUCUAGAAAGUGAUCCUUCUUUUAGAAAAAAACUGGAGGAUGCUGAAGCUGAUGACAUUAAGUCUGGAAAAAUUGCUCGGGAACUCCAUUUUGUGGACCAUAAUGUGCGCACCAAGUUGGACGAGCUCAAGCGGCGGGAGCUUGAGAGGAUACGACAUCUUGCUGUCCAGGCCAAUGAGCUAAGCAAUGGACUGGACCACAAUGCCCUUAAGGUCCCCGUGCACCUUGACCAUAAGAACCCGACUCGCUUUGAAGUCGAAGACCUGAGAAAGCUCAUCAAGCAGACCUCCGAUGACCUGGAGAAGAUGGAUGCACAGCGGAGGAAGGACUUCUCUCAGUACGAGAUGCAGAAAGAGUUUGAGUACAAGCAGCAGCUGGAGCACAUGACGGCUGAGGAGCGUAAGAAGGCUGAGGAAGAACACGAGAUGCGAAUCAAGAAGCACAAGGACCAUCCAAAACUUCAUCAUCCUGGCAGCAAACAGCAACUUGAACAGGUUUGGGAAGAAGAGGACCACAUGAACAAACAGGAGUUCAACCCUAAGACUUUCUUCCAUCUGCAUGAUCUUGAUGGCAACGGUCACUGGGAUGAGAACGAAGUGCGUGCGCUGUUCCUGAAGGAGCUGGAGAAGGCCUACGAUCCCAACGCCUCCGAGGACGAUCUGCACGAGCGCGACGAAGAAAUGGAGAGAAUGCGCGAGCACAUCUUCGCUGAGGCGGACGCCAAUGACGACGACCUCAUCAGCUACGACGAGUUCCUGGAGCAGACUCGUCGCAACGAGUUCGAGCGUGACGAGGGCUGGCAGACGCUGGACGAGCAGGAGCUUUACUCGCAGUCCCAGUACGAGCAAUACGAGCAGCAGCGACUCAGGGAGCUGCAGGCCGCCGGCGUAUACGUCCCUCCCAAUGCCAUCCCCCUCCCUCACCCCGACCAACAGUACCAAGUGUAUCAAGGCUACCAUCCCAACCAAGUGCCCAUGGCACAUCCUGGUCAAGUCCCCAUGGCACAUCCAGGGCAAGUAAUGGGUCAAGUCCCCAUGGCCCAUCCUGGUCAAGUCCCCAUGGCACAUCCUGGUCAAGUCCCCAUGGCACAUCCUGGUCAAGUGAUGGGCCAAGUCCCCAUGGCACAUCCCAAUCAAAUGGUGGGCCACCAACCAGUUGGUCAAGUACCAAUCCACGCUGGUCAAGUACCCCCCUUACAGCGUGUGGCUCAGGUGCAGCCUGGCUACAAUGCCCAACCGAUAUCUGGGCACGAGGCCAUGCAGCAGCAGCAGCAAGCUUACCAACAACAACAACAACAGCAGGUUUACCAACAACAACUGCAGCAGCAACAAGCC